AUGGGACCAACUAAACCAAUUAUUGGCGCUACGGCAUUCAGCAGAAACAUACAUCUAGGACUUGCAUGGGUAAAUGCCGAAAUAAAGCUCAAACGCACAAUGCACAAACUCUAUUGUCGCUAUUGGAGAACCUAUACUAUCGAUCUAUUGCAACGGAACUGGUUUAGCAACUCUAGGACAUUCGUGAACGCCGCAACAAACCGCAAAACCAACCAUGAUAGCCGUAAAAAUGAAAACCUUAAGGAAAAGCUUAGAAACAACAGAGAAAUGGAAAAUAAUAGUAACGAGGAUGUAAGAAACUAUUAUGAUAUACGGGACCCGAGAGAUCAUGUACAGUCACCAGGAUUUAACGAUCAUGAUCAUAGGGCAAAGAUAACAAGUAGAGAUCAUGCAACAGAGGAUAUCGAAUUAAAUUUAGAUCAGCAAUAUAUCAAUGCUGGAACACAAACAGCUCGAAUCACGGCAUCAAAAUCAACAUCUGUUACAAUACGAAAAAAAUGUAUCGUCACGAAAAACGAUAUAACAGUAGAUGUGCCCAUAGAAAAUCUUAAUGGAAGAGAUGUUAUUGAAGCAAUAUUACAUAGUGACCCAGAAUAUCAGCAACUCAGGAAUGUCGAAAAAAUGUACAAAUAUUUCUACAGAAAUCAGAAUAACGUAAACAGACGACCAUCAAAACAAAUCGGAACACUUCAGUUACUAAACGAUCAUAUAUGCCUAUUAGCCAAAAACAACACAUUGAAAGUCAAAGAAGCUCUCAUUAUAGCCAUGAUAUAUGAUCAACAUGGUUUGCUAGAUUCUGAGAUGAGAUAUGCACUAUUAACGGCACUCAGAGGGCAACUGUAUGCAUUCAGACCAUAUGAUAUCGCCGCUACAGUAGCAGUUUAUGGAAAAUAUGGUACAACAUACACACCAAUGCUCAACGCUAUAGGGCUUGUAUUCUAUGAUAUUAUGAUAGCAGGCAAAACCGCGAUACAGCCUGAAGGACCCUCGGUGGAUGAAAUAAUCGCUGUAGUAGAGGCAUACGCAAAAAACAAACUGACAAUCAAAAGGGUAAACGAUGCAGCCUUUGGAACCUUAUAUCAACAUAUAGAAAAUAUGACAAGAGAACAAAUGUACAUUGUUAUUAAAGCGUUCUUUGAUCUUACGAAAGAUAAAAAUUUUGUAGAACUAUAUACAAAAAUCCUUGCAGCAAUACUAGGAAAACCAAUACUAUUUGUCGAUAAUUUCCAAAAAUGGGCAGAACAACAAUUAGAAACCGAUUUCCAAACAUCAAUAACACGAUAUAAUAGCGAUAUAUUUCAUGGACAAAGGACAUACAACCUCACAGAUGUGUUACGAUUCAUGGCAGUAAUGGCACAGUGUAAUAGCGAGCAUCUCAUACACGCUGUGCAUUCACGGAUAGAAUUCAGAAGGCUAUGGACUGACAAUAUUAGAAAACGCAUUAUGCCAUGGCAGGGGCCAACUAUCACAUCGACAACACAACUCGAUAUUAACGGAUUGGCUCUAACUGGUGAUCAAUUUAACGAUCACCAUAAGAUCACGGGGACCCAUAUUCAAUCGAAAUCACCUGAGAUAGAUGAAGUUAAAAUUCAAAAAGGGGAAGAACACAGCCUAUCACAACAAGAUACAACGCAGACUAAAAUACAAAAUAGGAUCAUUUCGUAUUGUCAUAAAAUACCAUUAAUACACAAAUGCAUCGUGAAAAUGUUAAUAGACACCUUGGGGACAAUGCAACAUCCACAAAAAUAUUUAGGUCGUAUAUACCAGGAAAACAAACGCGUUAUCAGCAUGGCUCAGCAAUUGUGCCGGGAUUCGGGGUUCCACGAUCUUACAAAACUAGUAGAAAAUAGAUGCCAAGCAUAUUAUCCAUUUAUAACGACGCUACAGGCAACUGUAGGUAUGUCGGAGGAAGAAUCCGGGCAAACGGCCGGGAAAAAAGGUAUGGAAACAGAUUGCAAUACCGAAGAAAGGAUAAUUCCACAUGCGUAUCAGCUGAUUAGGGAAAUUGCAAAUGUUGAAAACGCUAAUGAACAAUUUGUUAAAUGGACGGAAACCAAAGUAUCGGUUGACAGGGGCCUAUUUUCAUAUGAAAAUAGCCUUAAGGAGGCAAUACAAGAGGUAUCAAUAGGGAAAUCGGACCAAGUGGACUACAGAAAUACUAUUGUAGAGGUGUCAGAGGAUGAUCUGGCACAAGCUAUAGUUGCUGUGAGCGACUAUGCACGUUAUGAUCACCAACACGAUGAACGAACCAUAGCUAUCCUUGGAGAAUUGUAUUUCCGAUUGCUGUUCGUCAAGGCAAGGGCAAUCGAGACAGAUGAAUCGACGAAUUCAUAUAUUUUGAAAAACUUGGAAAGGAUCACUCCGAAUAGUCUCAUGGUGGAACAUGGUCAUAUACCUUUUACAGAAAAUAGGACUACAAACCUCACCACUGAAUUUCACCAAAUCAAACAUUCUGAGUACCGUUUCUACCGGCCAUCGCCAAUAUACGCCGACCUAUUCAAGGGGAACGGAGACAUAUACGGGCUUAUGUUGUACACCAUUGCACACAAGGUACAAACGGCAGUGACACGGGGAAUAGAUGAACAGACGAUAGAUUGUAGUGUAACAGCGGCAAAAACUAUACAACACGUGUUGCACCCGUUCUAUGUCUUAAAUAGGGCACGUGAUAACAGAGUUUUACGUUGGCAUGCGUUAUACUACAAUGGACAACUCAAUUUGUGUCAUGAAGCCAAAUACAACGAACAGGGGAUACCAGUCGCGGCCAUGGUAGAAGAACGUGCAGAAGAUGAUCUCACAUCACAGAACAUCGGUAUAAACAUGGAUGCGGUACCACAAUGUCUCGAAGUUGUACUAGAGAGAACCAUAGUUGAGGCCACCGAAAAUGUAUCACAAGUGAUGAGAUACCAACCAUUCGUUCAUACUGCCACAAUUUUUGUCAACGUAGCGCUAAAAUAUAUAAGACAAGUUAUGCACAUGUUGGAGGAAGAGAGUAAUCUGCUAUCACUCAGCGAAUGUGCUGAAAUAUCAAAAGCAAUCAACGUGCUCAUGGUGUUCAACCAGAUGCUCGAUAGACAGGAUAAAACACAGUAUAAUCCUGUUAUUGCAGAGCUACAACAAUCUAUGUUGGCAAUUAUUGAUAAAAAAAUAACAGAUGAAGCGACGAGUGGAACUAGAAUUGGCCAAGAUUUGAUGGCGAUACAUCUAGAGAAAUCAUGGCAAGAAUCAACUGACCAAGGGUUUUCUGAUAUGAUACACAAUCUAGCAUUAAACAUGGAACGUCAUGGGUUCCUCCAAAGUACACGAGCAUUGGCAGCAGCUGCUGCCAGUAUGAGUCUCAAUGACUCACUGACAAGUACCUUGCACACCGUCAUGCAGGUCAUGUACAAGAGAAUGCCAUACAUGGCGUCCAGAGAUAUUGUUACCGCCUCAAUGGCACUGAGUGAUCUUCGCUAUGCUUUGCAGAAUACACACACAGGUUCAGAGGAAGAUCCAUUGGGCCAGUUGACGCAACUGCUGCAAAUUUUGCAAAUGCAAGGCCAACAGACCAUAACUUCACUACCGGAAAACACAAAAGAAGUAGAUGUCUUUAGUCAACACGGGAUGGAUGUCCUUAUUAGGGCACUCCACUAG